GUAGGUUGCUGGCCUCUUUGCUUCAUGGGCUGGAGUUUCACAUGGACGCCUCAGAGGACAGCACUUUUCUACAGGAGAUGCUCAUGGGCAAUACUCUGCAUCUGCUUAUUAAGGUCUAUGACAGGCUCCAGAAGUACAGGGCCCAGCGGCCUGCUCCGCUGCUGGAUAGCACACAGGGCCUGGCUCAGGACUUGGCGGAAGAGCUGCGUGGUGUUGUCACCAGCCCAGAGACAACAGAGCUGUUACACUUGCUCUCCAAACCUCAUGUACAGGCUUUUCUCUCAGUGCAUGACAUGGUGGCCCAGAAAGAGUUUGACCCUCGGUUGCCUCCUCUGCCUGAUAACGAUGAGAAAGAGGAAGAUUCGAUCAAGAUUGUUUGCCUGAUGAAAAACCAGGAGCCACUGGGAGCCACCAUAAAGAGAGACGAGUCCACUGGUGCUAUAGUUGUAGCUCGGGUCCUGAGAGGAGGAGCUGCUGAUCGGAGUGGUCUAAUUCAUGAAGGUGACAAACUCAAGGAAGUCAAUGGAGUUCCAGUGGAGGACAAGAACCCAGAGGAGAUCAUUCCCAUACUAGCCCAUUCAGAAGGAGCAGUGACCUUCAAAGUCAUCCCAGGCACAAAAGAAGAGCCGGAUACCAUAGAAACCAAGAUCUUUGUGAGGGCACUUUUUGACUAUGAUCCCCAAGCAGAUCCCGCUAUUCCAUGCAAAGACGCCGGGUUGGAAUUCUGGAGAGGAGAUGUGUUGCAGAUUGUAAGCCAAGAAGAUGACACCUGGUGGCAGGCCAGACGGCACGGUGACGCCAACCUCAGGGCUGGAUUGAUUCCCUCAAGACAGCUUCAGGAAAGGAGAAUUACUUUACAGAGGCCUGAAGUUCUGUUUCACCCACCCAGAGUGUCGAAGGAAUUCGGCGCUGGGUUAAGGAGAAGUUUCCGGCUGAGCCGGAAGGACAACAAUAGUCAACAGAUGAGGCAGAAGAUGGGUAAAGGACAUGCCAUUAUCCAUUUACCAAUAUAUCAGGAGGUUCUGCCUCACCGGAGAAACCCUGAAGAGCCGUACCGCCUUGUGAUUCUAACUGGGCCUGUUGGAGUUGGUGUGAACGAGUUAAAGAGAAGACUUCUCCUCUCUGACCCAGAACACUUCAGUGUAACUGUGCCAUAUACCACUCGGGAGCAGAAAAAGCAAGAGAGAGAAGGGGUGGAGUACCAUUUUGUCUCCAAACACACUUUUGAAAAAGAUAUCCUCAACCACAAAUUUUUGGAGUAUGGUGAACAUAAAGGGAACUACUACGGUACGAGUCUGGAUUCGGUGCGCAGGGUCAUAGCGGAGAGCAAGGUGUGCCUGUUGGAUGUGGAACCACACACCAUAGCAGCCUUAUAUUCCUCUGAGUUUAAACCCUAUGUUGUAUUUGUGAAGCCUCCACCAAUCGAGCGCUUGAGACUGAGCCGAAGAAAAGCAAAGGUUCUGGCAAGUCAGAAUGAGCAAACGGUCACAAAAAUCUUUACGGAGGAGGACUUUCAAGACAUGAUUUCCAGUGCCCAAGCCAUGGAGAAUAAAUACGUCCACUUGUUUGAGAAAGUGAUCAUCAAUGACGAUCUGGCCAUGGCAUUCACCGAGCUGAGAGACGAACUCACAAAGAUAGAAACAGAGACUCGCUGGAUCCCAAAUACAUGGGCUCAUGUCUGAGAAACCAAUUCAUGUUCACUGGACCACUUAGACUCAUAAUAACUUUUGACUAUGUUUUGGAGAUUUUCUGCAUAUAAGAAAUAUGGCACACCAUAUUAUUGUAAUUAUACGCUUAUAAGCAGUGUGCGCUGGCCCGUCAUGAAUCAACUCCAUUCAUAACCGCGAAACUCGUGACAAUGCACUGAAGUUGAAACAGUUUUGUUAUCGUUGAGAAACAAGUAAUUGUAAAGAAUUUUUAUCUCCCCCUAAUUCCUACAUAAUGAUAUACAUUAUGCUAUAUUACUGAAUGAUUUCUAUACACAAAUAGCUUUUUGCACUGUUGUGGCUCGUGUUUUAUGUUUUAAUAACUUACAGACGUGGAUUUUCCAUUAAAAAGAUGUGUUCUUAAUUUGGUUUAAGUGAGGUGGAAUAGGACUACAGUUUCUUUUAUUUUCGUAACUUGUGACUACAAGAUUGAACUCUGGAUUAGACCUCUGAAACACAUCCAGGUAGCUCUUGUAACAAACAGUUCCAAUCCAAAUUUAGAUUUGUUCCUGACAUUGAACUCAGCAGUGAUUUAAAUGCCUUGGCGUUGU